CCAGACCUCCCAAAGCUGAAUGGCAGUAAAAGAGAAAGCCCAUCGACACCAGCCGUUUCAAGUAUGCCACACAUUAUUAUAGAAGCGUCUCAAGAAACAGUUUCCCCACCGCCUCUCUUUCCAUCGGAAGGUCCACCAAUGUCUCCUACAGUUACCGGUGGCAUACCUGAAGAAGAUGCUGAAGAUGAUGACGAGCAAGAGGAAGAUGAUGACCCAGCACGAGAAGCAGAGGAUGAAGAAGAUGAUGAAUUCGUAGAACAUGUUACCCACUCCAUUGUUCCUAGACGGUUGACCAUAUCGUCGGAUCUGAAUGUGUAUUCAAACGAUGGAAUUGUAUCCCCUCCUAGCAAAAUGCCUAUAGUAGCUGUUGUGCUAGCUGACUCACAAUCUCCGAGAUUUUUUCACCAACAAGUACGCCGGACAUCGGUCAAAAGUUCCAGAGCAACCGGAUUUGGUUCCAGUACUUCUUUAUCAGAAAGUGGUGCCAAAGGUAGCGAACAAGAAAGCAGUGAAAUGUACAAGGUUACCUCUUCCAUGAAAAAGAAAAAUAGGUUAAAAGGUCGUUUGCCACUGAGACAACAUGUACAUUUAGCAGCACGGCCGUUACCCUCAGAUGCCGAGAGACAAAAAAGGCGAUUAGCUAAGGCACGAGAACGCAGAGCAACUCUCAUUCUCGGUCUCAUAAUGGCCGCAUUUAUUUUGGCCUGGCUGCCGUUUUUUGUUCUAUACGUUUUGGAAGCUCUGUGCGCCAGUUGUAAUAUUGAACCCACUGGCUUUGCAACAGCGUUCUGGUUAGGAUAUUGUAAUUCUGCAUUAAACCCAAUAAUCUACACUAUAUUUAACAGAGACUUCCGGAGAGCUUUCAAGAAAAUUCUUUUAAAAUAAUGCUAAUAACCAAGUAAUAUUAUUCUCCGUAAAAUUUAUAACUGCAAUUUUGUAAUGAAGAGAAUAUUCUGCACUUUUAAAUAUAUUGUCUUCCACAUAACAGCUUUUGAACAAAGUGCCUGCGAUUCUUUGUACAUCCAUCCUUUGACAUUCACCUCCCAUGAUUACGUUUUAAGUGGAAACUUAAACUGUUUCACCAAACUAUCAUUCGCCAUCAGUUCCAGUUAUAGUACAAAAUUAAGGCAAUACUGUUACCUAUCCACUCUUUACUCAUCUCUUUGUCAUUUAAUUUCCUAAACCCAUUAUUAAUCAUGUGUAGCAUUUUAUAUCAUCAAAACGUCAUCUGGAGAUAAAAAUUAAUACUUACAAAUAGUAAAUAACUUCUUUUUAAUUUAACAAAUCGAAUUUAUUUUAAUAAUUAAUUCAAUUUGCUAUAUUAUAAGUAACUGGUAACCGCGACUCUUAUUUAUCACAUACAAAUAUUAAGUAAGGAAACAAAUGCAAAUCGUUUUAGUCUUUUUAUUAUAUACUACUAUUUCAAAAUGAUAUCAGAUUUUCAGUGACUUCCCUUCUCUGCUUUUUCUUUUUACUUCUGAACAAUCUGAGCUAUGUAGGUAAAUGAGAGAAAAAAUUUCCUUUUUUAUAAAAUAAAAUUGUUAAUUAUUUUAAUUUAUUCAUUAUAUUUUAAUACUAGUUUUCACUAUGCAAAGGAAAAAAAAAUACAUUCAAGAAAGUAAUAAUUAAAAAUUUGGCGGUAAAUCCCUACCAGCACCCGAACUGAAU